AUGACUCGAAGAGUCCAUUCAUUACUAUGUUUAUUUCUUUUAUUUCUAGUUUCCGCUCAUGCCAUUGACAAUCUAGUAUUCGAGGCCCUUUCCGGUCUUGAUGGGCUGGUUACCGGGGAUGAUUAUAGCUGCAAUAAGACAAACCCUUGCUCAAAUGGUGCUUGCUGCGCUAAAUCCGGAUAUUGUGGAUUUGGCGACAAGUACUGCGGAACCACUGGCGAGUCUCCCAACGACGCCUGUUGGACUAAUUGCGACGCCCAUGCCGAGUGUGGCAAAGAUGCGGUGCCUGCCAAUAAGGGCUGCCCACUGAAUGUUUGCUGCAGUGCAUAUGGUUUCUGUGGCACCACCGCUGAGUUCUGUGGGGAUGGCUGCCAGAGCAAGAGUUAUUGCGAUGAACCAUCGUCCAAUGCUACUGGAAGUAAUUCUCAGCAACGUAUCAUCGGAUACUAUGAGGCCUGGCAAGCCUCGAAAUCGUGUAUUGGCAUGAACGUGGACCAGGUUCCUGUAGAGGACUUGACCCAUAUCAAUUAUGCCUUUGCUGUCAUCGAACCAGACAGUUACAAGGUUGGGCCAAUGCCGAAGGCCGAUGAGUCAAGCAUCAGCGACUUUACUGCAUUGAAGGAGAGAAACCCUAAUGUGGUUGUUGGAGUUUCUAUCGGAGGAUGGGACUUUAAUAACAACCACACAGACACCCAAGGAGUCUUUGCAGAUAUCGUAUCCUCCUCGGAUAAGAGACAGAAAUUUGUCGGCGAGUUGCUGAAGUUCAUGAAGCAUUAUGCUUUUGACGCUGUUGACCUUGACUGGGAAUACCCGGGCGCUCCUGAUCGCCAACCUCCCAAAAGCAACACAGCGACCAACACCAAAGGCUAUGUCAAACUGGUUCAAGAUAUUCGCAAGGCAUUUGACGCCGAAGACAAGAAAUAUGAACUUUCCUUCACAACCCCCACUUCCUACUGGUAUCUUCGCUGGUUUGACAUCAAAGAGAUGGCUAAGGCCGCAGACUAUGUCAAUUUUAUGUCUUAUGAUCUUCAUGGAGUUUGGGACGCCGACAACCCUAUCGGCAGUCAAGUUUUGGCGCAUACCAACCUGACAGAGAUCAAACAAGCGAUGGACCUGCUUUGGCGAAAUGAGGUCCCUGCUCAGAAGGUUAACCUUGGUCUGGCAUUCUACUCUCGUACCUUCCAGCUCAAAGAUAAGGACUGCUGGCACCCUGGCUGUGACUUCAAAGGUGGUGGCAUGAAGGGACCCUGUACCAAGAACUCCGGCACGCUUUCAUAUCGUGAAUUGACUGACAUAAUGGUCUCGAACGACGUCAACGCGACUUAUGACAAGGAGGCGGCCGUCAAAUAUUUUAAAUGGAACGGGGACCAAUGGGCGUCCUAUGAUGACCAGCAAACGUUCCAACAGAAGAUCGAAUGGGCCAACGAUCAAGGACUGGGUGGGCUUCUCAUCUGGUCUCUUGAUCAAGACACCAGCAAUCUCGAUGACCUCAGAGGUGUAAUCUAUCCCGCCGAUCUCAAGAUGAGUGAUCACUCCGCCAACGAUGUCAGCUACUGGGAGAGCAAAACGGCUAGCGACUGUCAGACUAGCCCAUGUGGAGGCUCAUGCAGCGCUGGCCUUAUCGAGAUUGAAACAAUUGAGUGUGACAUCGGCAAAGGGCCCCAGAAGAUCUGCUGUCCUAUUGCAUCAGCUCCAGACCCAAGCACCUGCCAUUGGCGAGGUGGUGAAACUGGACAAUAUUGCAAUGGGCAGUGUCAUGGUGGUGAGGUCGCCAUUUCUUCCAGUGUCAACGGAGGCAACGGAUACUGUGUCGAUGGUCGCCAGUUUUAUUGCUGCCCGAUCCCUGAAGUCGCCGACGGCGGGGGUAUCAACUGUGGCUGGCAAGAUAGCUGCCGCUCUGAUCAAGAGCCACUCACUUUCCAUGGAACCGUUGCGUCGGAUUUCGUUAAUAUUGCAAAGCUCGGCGGGCUUUUCGGGGAGGCACUCUCUGACGCCCUGCACGAUAUUGAUGUCUCAAACCGACAGUUGUAUUGCUGUGGUAAAGAAGAGAUCAAGAACUGGAAACAAUGUUACUGGGCGGGUACGACUGGCAAGGGACUUUACUCUUGCGACGAUGGUCACUGCAACACUGGGCAUGAAGUGCAACUGACUGAUAGUCCUUAUGGUGGCGGAGAAACAUGCUCGCCCAUGGACCCCUCUCGAUCUCGUGCUUUCUGCUGCACACCUGCCAGUGGAGAGAGUCUCUUCAUGCCUGUCCCCCUUAAAUACCUGUUUCCGGUCCCUCCUCCAGAUGAUGGAAACCCCGAAUUCAACCUCAAAGUGGAUGACACCUGGGGAACUGGCAAGGCAAAAUCCAAAGAGGACCCCAACGCUGCUUCUUUUGGCUUUGUGGUAAUCACCGCACCGGAUGAAGUCUCAAUCAGCUUGGACAAGCGUGACGGCUCUCCUUGGGAGGUCAUGGAUUGCGUCAAUACCGACAGCGAGGAUGAGAAAACUGUGCGACUUAUCUGUACCGAUGACUCCGAUACCAGCUUGUGUCAUAAGAUCCAUCUCGGACAUGGUGUUCCAGGCACCAUUCUUCAGAUGCCUGAGUCAUGCGGACCGGGCAGGUAUGCCGUCGCCAAGAGCUUCAGUGUCUCUGACAACCAAGCACUUCCUGAAGAUCUAGCCAAGCGGGAUCUGGGCUCAUCCCAGGUGUACGACCUUACAUAUGACUACAAUUUCCGCCGCGUUCCCCGGACCUAUGGUGAUAGCAAGAUGCGUUUGGAUUUCAGCAACGAAAAGGGUUACUGGGAUUCUGUUGUUGAUCGUCCCGGCGACACCAAGCGCAAGCGUGACCAUACAUAUCAUGAGAACCCCAAGCGCUGGAUGGAAGAUGAAUGGCGUGAGGCAUAUCAUUUUGGGGGUCUGGAUCGUGAUGAGCUUCAUAAAAGAUGGUUUGGUGAGGGUGCCAUCGCCUGGCUUGCCAACCUGAUCGGUGUAUCAGAAGCCGAACACACCGAGGAGUUUACCCAUAGUGUCAAAGAAAAACUCGAGGUGAUCUUGAUUGAUCAGCAAUUUGGACCAUGUCCCGUUGGCCCUGCUCAGGCACAGGCCAACGUUCGUGCCACUGUGGAUGCCAACCUCCAGGUUGACACGUCGUUUGGAGUGACAAUCAUCGCAACAUUUGGUGACGAUAAAAUCGACCUAAGCGAAUCUUACCUUUUCUUCAAGAACAAGGGUGAAGUGACUGCCAAGUUCCAGCUCGAUGCCGUCGCAUCACUCACCUACAGCUCAGGAGACGUCAAGCUAUUCGGUCUUGAUGACUUCCCGGGUGCUACUUUCCGUGUUCCAGGCGUUGUAACCAUUGGUCCUAACUUAGCUGUCUAUGCUGCUGCCGAUGCUCAAUUCACGGUUGCCGGUCACAUUGAGGCCGAGGUCGCCGUUGCCAAAUGGGAUAUCAGACAAACAUACCCAGAAACUGACAAGUACGAACCGGACGCAAUUGAUGAACCUGACUACGAUGGUACACAGACCAUCGGACACCCCAAGUUUGAAGCGAGCAUAACAGCUCGCGGAGAGAUUGCGCUCCAUCUCAAGCCAACGAUUCAGUUUGGUAUUGACUUCGACAAGCGCUGGGGUGUGGAUAAAGCAACCGUAGAGCUUGUUCUCGAUGCAUACACAAUUGCUCAUGCCCAGGCUUCUGCUUCUACCAGCUCUGAUAACUCUUGUCCAUUCUCAUAUGGUAUUGAUGCUGGAUCCGACAUCUAUUGCCAGCUCAACGCGCCUGACCUCUUUGGGUGGGGUGGCCAGUCCAGAUACCCUAUUGCCUCUGUCCCUCGUAAGGCAAUCACCCCAGAGACCUGUGCCGGAAGUGAUAACAAGCGUCGCUCUCUGGAUGAAGUUGAUUUCCUUUCUGGUGAUUAUGUCUCUUCUUUCGGCUCGGCUGACACAGAUGGCAAUGGAUUAAACAAGCGCGACACCUUCAGCCUGGGACCUCUCAUUACCGUUCCGGACACAUUCCUCAAGUGUCCAAGCAACAAUUCCGAUACUGACGGAAUCGACUGUCCUGUCUGUAGCUUCAACAAAAAUGACGGCGAUACCCUCAGCAAGCGUGACGGUGAUUCCUGUUUCUAUCCUGGAGCAUCGAACGGCGAAAGGUGUACCGGUUCCUCACUUGCUAAACGCGGGAAUGGAGACAAGGAUAUCCAUCUUUCUUGGAUUAACGGGAAGAUCAAGUUCUCCAGAUACCCACAAUGUUCAGCAGGUAACCUCAAGUCUCUCAAUGGCAUUGCGCAGUGGUACAUGCCCAAGGGCGCCGGAAAGACCCCCGGACAAUGUGGUCCGGAGGUCGCUCAAUUUCCUGUUGACAACACUGGUAACAGUGUCGAUGGGGUUCCCAUUGCCGGCAACUUUGAGAACGAUCAUGUGUUCGAAGCCCAAAUCGUGACCAAGUUCUUAGAGUGGGUGUGCAAUGGAAAUCCUCUUACAUAUGUCGGAGGAGCAAUCCCCUUUCCUUCUGCGGCUGGUUUUACUCAGCCCAACACCGUGUGGUGUGCUGAAGUCUUCGGAGAGCCAGAUUCCACUGGCAGUAUCGAUCUAGCGGGCUGGAAGUUCCCUUCGUCUGCAACAGACAACGAUCCCAAUAACUUCAUCAUGAAUACGGCCGCUGAACUGGGAGGUACUGACAGGACAAACCUUAUGGCACUGUUCUAUGCCGGUGCAAACAAUGCCAAGGGCAAGAUUGUGCAAGCACAAAACGUCGCAACUGGUGAUAAGCAAUCAGCUAAAACGAGAAUUCAAGGUGUGGUGAAUGGAUUUGGUGCCUUCUCUUAUCUCAAGAACUCCGCCAUCAAGCCAAAGUGGACCGCCCCCUCACAAGGCAUUGAAAGAGUAUGCAAGUUCUUCGAUGACAACUACUGGGGCAAGAGUGCAGAGCGAAAGUAUAGAUCCACACAGACUCGGAAGGCCUUGGGCCGUCCGCAGCAAGUAAAUGGUGUUACAAAUUGGGGCAUGCGCACGCUGUGGUGCUACUGGAUCGACUUACACCUGGAGCGUAUUGAGCAACAGUACAGUAGUUGGGCUACGACUGCGAAGACAAACCUUCAAAACGUGAACCAGAUCCCUGGUGUUACCAAGCAGGAAAUUACCGAUGCCAACGCCUUCAUCGCUCAAUUCAUGAACAACGGUGGUGGUGCCAGUGCUACCGACGCGACGUUCCCAAAGAACCCAGCCGCCGUCCAGGGCCAAGCCAGUGUUUAUGAAAUGUGGGGAGGUAAUGGCUAUGGUGCUCUCGGUCUCUAG